AGACGAAGUUAAUUCGUGGCUGGUACUCUAGCUCUUGUUCUUUGAUCUUAUCCGUGGAAGAUGUCUAUAACGGAAGCAAACACGGAGACAGAGCGCAAGACUAUCUCACUCGAUGAUCUCACGUCUAGUGACAAUCCGGGUGUUACAGUCUCUUUCUCGUUAACUAAUAGUACGAACUACGAUGAAUGGGCAACUAAAUAUCUUAUGGAAAUGUUGACAGUACUCUCAAUCAAGAAGUUUGGAUCUACUGAUGAAAGUAUUACAGAACCUGCGGCUAGUUCUUCUACACUUGAAGUUUGGAACGGUCGAUAUUCCGCAGUCCGUAACUUGUUGGGUCUCUUACAAGUGUCACUUGAAGAGAGUGCAAGCAUAUGGAAAGAUAGAAUAAGCUUAUUACCUGACUCCUUGCUAUGUCAUAUACUCAGCUUUCUUACGACUAAGGAAGCUGUUUCUACAAGUGUUCUGUCUUCUAGAUGGAGAGAUCACUGGAAGUGGGUUCCUAGUUUAGAUUUAGUGAGCUCAAAUUUCCCAAGUGACAAAGUGUGUGUGGAUUUCAUCAACGAGUUUCUUCUAAAUUUCAAGAUCUUGAGUGAAUUCAAGCUAUGCCUAGCCCCAGAUGACUCUGAAGAAGAUGACUCUAUUUUAGAGCUGUGCAUCGAUAAAGUGACCAAGCGCAAGAUUCAACAUUUUCAAGUCAACUAUUAUCGGGACAUGGAGAUAUCCUUAACCUUUCCUAUGUGUGAGACACUGGUAUCCUUAAAGCUCUAUUCCGUGAAGCUGAAUGAUUUUGAGUCUCUUUCCUUACCCUGUCUCAAGGUUAUGUACUUAGAACAUGUUAUUUCUCCUCACAAUGCGGUGCUUGAUACACCGAGGCUUGAACACCUGACUGUCACAAGUUUUCGAUCCAAAAGCUUCAUGAUAAUCAAACGUAUGAGUGACCAUGUCAAGGUUGAUAUUGGUGUUUACUUUGAGCUGACGACUUUUGACUUAUCUGAAAGAAAUAUCAUCUAUAAUUUUCUCAACAAUUUUUCAGCCGUAAAAGAUAUGACACUCUCAUUGGAUACUAUUGAGUUAAUCUAUUGUCUCCAUGACAUGAACCCACUACCCAAAUUUCGUGGCUUGACCCGUCUGCGUGCCACUAUGUGCUUAGAGUACUCUCUUGAGUUACUGCCGUUGGUUCUUGAGAGCUGCCCAAAUCUGCGACACUUGACCUUGAACUUGGUUAAGGAUGAUGAUUUAGAGUUGGCGUUUAGUCUAUCGAAAGUGCUGUCUUUUUGUUUGGUAUCGUCUCUUGAAUAUGUUGAUAUUGAAAGCCCUAUCACGGAGAAAGCAAUUGAACAGGAAGUGGUAAGAUACUUUCUAGGUAACGCGACAUCACUCAAGAAGCUUGUUCUACUUUUGAAUGUGUCUGAUGGAGAGAAACAUGACCUGGGAGUCUUGAAGCAACGCUUUGACUCUCCAAGACGUUCUAACUUGUGUCAGUUUGAUGUUCUUCUCGAGGUUCAAACUUCAGAUAAGAUGAAGGAACUGUAAAAAAAGUGUGGGAAACUAAUACAAUCGUAGUACAAAUUUUAAUCGUUGACAUGAUGAUUUCUUGGAAUAAUCACAAAAAAGCGAGUUAUUUAUUUAUUUAAGAAUCACAAGGCUUCAUCUUCG